UUUCCAUUUUCAAAUACAAAUCCAAGGCUUUUGUAUAUAUAAAUUUGUCACUUUGUUCUACAUGCAGGCCGGUAGUACUCAUUUUUCUCGAUCGUUUGCUAGCAUCUGAAUCAAAAUCCAUCAAAAUGGGUUCUUGCAUUAGCACAUGCAGACCCAAGAAACAUUCCCUUGAAGAGUUUAAGCAUGUCCAAGACAAGCUUGUGAUUUCACAAGCUCCUAAAACUUCCAUUCCUCAUCAGUACUCUAACAAGAUUUCUCCUUCUCCCCCUUCCCCUCCUACUUCAACCUCUUCAACCUCAUCUACUUCUUCCCUCUCUUGCACCGCCGGUAGCACCACUGCGAGCUCGUGCUCAUCGUUGUCAUCGAGUGCAUCUUCGGUCUUGAGCUCGAAAGACAGAUCGUUCUCCAACGAGUUCUUGUGGUCGUGUGUUAAGGAGAAUCCACAUAUUGUACGUAUCAAUUCAAUCAGGGAAAAUGCUAUUUUGUUCUCGCCUGCUAAAGUUUAUGCCCAAAAGCCAGACUUGGUGUCAAAAACAAUGGUGGCACCGGUGAAACAUUCAAUCCCAAAGAAGGUUGCUAGCUCUACACCACAAAAGAGAGUGCGGUCAAGCUCACCAACACCUCUACCACGGCAGAAGAGUUUUCGGAGGGAGACCGAGGGGUCGAGUCCUGCAUAUUCUGUACCAAACAGAAUUCAGAGGUCACCUUCUCCAAGCUGGAGAUUCAAUGGUGAUAGAUAUGGAUCAUUUUUGACAAACACACCUAUAGAAAGUCAUUCAAAGCGUAUGAUUGGCUCGAGGUCUAAUACAGUAAGUUCUGUGCCAUCAUCUGUGAGGAAGGAAACACUUAGGCCAGCAAGUCCAAGCAACAAUUCAAGCCGUCCACGCCCUUAUUUGAGGAAUAGGGAGAUGCAAAUCCACAGAGUUGGUUCCAAAAUCGAUGAAGCUGCAGUUAGAAAAGCAGUCUCUGAUCAUGACAUGGACUCCAUUCCCAUGGAGGAGGACAUUGACAAUCCUCUUAUCUCCUUGGAUUGUUUCAUCUUUCUGUAGAUUUGAGUGUGUCAGCAUAUAGCAUGGUGUUCAUAGCAUUCUUUUUCUCUUUCUAUCUUCACUUUAUCUUCUGCCUUGAUUCAUGAACAGGUUUUGAAAAUGAUCAACUGGAUCAAUUUCCCUUUUUUUUUCUAUGGUUAUGGGUCCCUUUUUUCCCCUUUGUAUUUUGUUUGUUGUGCAUGAAUAUGUUAUUUUCGUACCAAUAUAUAAUGAGCUUAUAAGUCUUGUUUGGGAGCAA